GCGGGAGGCCGGACCGGGGAGCCGACAGGCGGCGGCGGCGGCGGCGGGGGCGGUCAUGGCGGAGCUGGUGCAGGGGCAAGGUGCUCCGGUGGGGAUGAAGGCCGAGGGCUUCGUGGACGCGCUGCACCGGGUCCGGCAGAUUGCUGCUAAAAUUGACUCAAUUCCUCACUUGAAUAAUUCCACACCUCUCGUCGACCCCUCAGUGUAUGGCUAUGGAGUGCAGAAAAGGCCCGUGGACGACGGAGUAGGUAACCAGUUAGGGGCCCUGGUACAUCAAAGGGCAGUAAUUACAGAAGAAUUCAAAGUGCCUGAUAAAAUGGUAGGAUUUAUUAUCGGCAGGGGAGGUGAGCAGAUCUCACGGAUUCAGGCCGAAUCUGGUUGCAAAAUUCAGAUUGCUUCAGAGAGUUCUGGGAUUCCAGAGAGGCCCUGUGUACUUACCGGAACCCCAGAAAGUAUUGAACAAGCCAAGCGGCUCCUGGGCCAGAUCGUGGACCGCUGUCGGAAUGGCCCCGGCUUUCAUAACGACGUAGACGGCAACAGCACGAUCCAGGAGGUUCUCAUCCCUGCGUCGAAAGUGGGUCUGGUCAUCGGCAAAGGAGGGGAGACCAUAAAGCAGCUGCAGGAGCGGACUGGUGUGAAAAUGGUCAUGAUCCAGGACGGCCCGCUGCCCACGGGGGCGGACAAGCCUCUUCGCAUCACCGGAGACCCCUUUAAAGUGCAGCAAGCGAGAGAAAUGGUACUAGAGAUCAUCCGAGAAAAAGACCAAGCUGAUUUUCGAGGCGUCCGCGGUGACUUCAGCUCGCGGCUAGGAGGCGGCAGCAUGGAGGUGUCCGUGCCGAGGUUUGCUGUUGGGAUUGUCAUAGGGAGAAACGGAGAGAUGAUCAAGAAGAUCCAGAGCGACGCUGGCGUGAGGAUUCAGUUUAAACCAGAUGACGGCAUCAGCCCAGAGAGGGCGGCGCAGGUGAUGGGCCCUCCGGAGCGCUGUCAGCACGCGGCCCACGUCAUCAGCGAGCUGGUUCUCACGGCACAGGAGAGAGAUGGCUUUGGCGGCCUGGCGGUAGCCAGGGGAAGAGGCCGCGGCCGAGCAGACUGGAGCAUGGGGACCCCGGGCAGCAUCCAGGAGAUAACGUACACGGUUCCGGCAGAUAAGUGUGGGCUCGUCAUAGGCAAAGGGGGUGAGAACAUCAAAGGCAUCAACCAGCAGUCGGGGGCACACGUGGAGCUUCAGCGAAACCCCCCUCCCAACACGGACCCCACCCUGCGGGUCUUCACCAUCCGGGGCGUCCCCCAGCAGAUCGAGGCGGCCAGACACCUCAUCGACGAGAAAGUGGGCGGGACCAGUCUCGGAGCACCAGGAGCCUUCGGACAGAGCCCGUUCGGCCAGCCACCCACCGCACCCCACCAGAACACCUUUCCUCCCAGGAGCUCUGGCUGCUUCCCAAACAUUGCUGCUAAAGUGAACGGAAACCCCACAGCGCCCCCUGGUCCUCCGGCCUUCCUGACGCAGGGCUGGGGCAGCACCUACCAGGCGUGGCAGCAGCCCACACAGCAGGUCCCAAGCCAGCCGAGCCAGCCGCAGAGCAGCCAGCCCGACUACAGCAAGGCCUGGGAGGACUAUUACAAAAAGCAGAGUCACGCAGCCAGCACCGCUCCACAGGCCAGCUCCCCGCCAGACUACACGAUGGCCUGGGCCGAGUACUACAGACAGCAGGUCGCCUUCUACGGGCAGACGCUAGGGCAAGCUCAGGCCCACAGCCAGGUCUGUAGCCCGUCCCCAGCAUGUGGCCGCCUCUCUGGACAGGCUAGUGCUGCCCCGGUCAGCAGGGGGCAGCGGGAGGGCGAGGCCGUGCCCUGCAGCUGGGCAGGGCAAGAUGGAGUGGGGCGCCCUGUCCAGUGAGAGUCAUUGAAGUGAGGAGAGCCCAGUGUCCCCGCAGGCAUGUGUCAGGUGACGGGAUGCCGGCCAGGUCCCCAGGGACAGCCGCUUCCUCUGCCCCUUGGUGGAAACUUCCGUGGGUCGGGCUGGCAGUGACCGGGACAAGUGCGGCUCACGCCCCUCCGCGUCCCCUGCCCAGUGUCCCCAGCAGGAAGAAAGGCCCCAGAGCUGCCCUCCAAGGGGUUUGGCCCAGGCAGAUGCCGCGCCCCGGCUCACGGCUGCUCCCCUUCCUCCCGCAGGAGCAGUAGAGGGGCGCCCUGGCCUGGCUCCCCCCGGAAUCAGUGUGAAAGCCUGUUUGUCACAGGGGUUUUCAGAUUUGCAAACCUUUUGAUGAAGAACCUUUGUUUUCUUCUGUGAAACACUAUAUUUAGAUUAACAGAAUUUUUCUAAAAAUCGAUAAAAUUAGCUACUAAAAAUUGCUGAUAAUUUCUGUUUCAUCAUUUUGUUUGCCGUCAAGCGUGUGAGCGCGGCUCCCGCGGGGCGGUGCCUGCGCCGGGCGCCCCGGGCCUCCAUGGGACAUUUCAGGAUGGUGUUUUUUGUUUCGCUUCGGUUUUUUUCCCGUCUUUUUAUUUACAGUUUUUUUUCUGUUGCAACAGAAAGUGGCUUGGAAGUCUUAGGUGGUAUGUAACAAAUUCUUUUUAGAAAUUUUUAAACAGUAUUUAAAUAUUCUUAAAUGUGUAAAUUCAUUAAAUGUUUUACUUCUAAUUUCUUGUAUCUUGACUGUCUGGUUUUAUUGCAUUUUUUAAAAACUGAACUAUUAUGUAUUGUAAUUAAUUAUGUGAACUCUGAAUCGAGACAGAUCAUUGUGUCGCUGUCCAAGGGCGGGGCGUCUCUAGGUCUGUGGACUUCGCGGUCGCGAGGCGGUGGUGUCCGUGCGUCCCUGUGCCGCGCAUGCGUUGUGUCCGUGUCUCCACUGCUGGGUGCAGUUGUGUCUAAGACCUCCAAGCUUGUGUUAGAAACAAAACCAACCUUUCUCUAUUCUCUCAGAAAUAUAAAUACUGUUAUUUUUAAUAUUAAAAAGAAAUUCAAUAUAACUUUUAACAGACACUGUGGAACCUUAAACCGUAUAAAAUGUAGUAACUAUUUUUUAAUUCCAAGGUGUUUCUUUGCUUCUUCCUUUUAAAUAUUUUCUUAAUAUUUGUCAGAUUAACUAGAUGAAUAAAUAAAUCUAGUAUUAACCACAGUAUGAAUUAAAUAAUUUUUGAUUUAAUAAAAGGGAUAUGAUUUCCAGUGUUUACUGUAGUGCUCUUGUACAGAUAACAUGUAUUUUUAAAGGAAAAAGCGGAACUGAAGCUAUUUUUUCUUGGAUUUUUCAUUGACCUGAGGGAACAACAUUCCGUUUGAAACGUACUGGGUUUUUCUCCUUAUUUUCCUUAUAAUGCUUGAAAUGUCUAACUAUUAAAAAUGGCAAUUGGGAAAAUGUUAUGCAUGUUGUUUUAAAAGUGUUCUUUUUAUUUGACUGACAAUUCAUUUUACACUCUAUAUAAUAAAAUUCCCACAGCCGUCUGUGGGCCAAGUA